AUUCUAGGAUGUCAAACGCGGUCCCAGAUCCCGAUGAUGUCAUGGAGGCAGAUUACCAGGACCAUGUUGCUGAUGAGCCCAUUGACGAUUUUGAUAUCGACGUAGGCAAUGCGAACAUGGAAGAAGAAUUGCAGGGCGAUAAAAGUUUUGCAAAUAGAGAAGGAACGCCUGUGCCGGAAGAUACAGCUCCUGCAAACCAGAACGGCGAUAUGGACGUCACGCAAGUAUCGCCUCAAAAAGUGAUACCUGCGGUGGUCGUCAAUAACGCUGCCGCCGUAGAUAUUGAAACAUUGUGCCAAACAUAUACAACUCAUUCACUGUUGAUUAGGCUGCAAUUCAUCGCGGAUCACUGCCCGCCCCUGAAAAGGGAUGCCACCAUUGGAAUGAUCAACGAGCUGCGUAAUAACACGCUAAACGUUGCGCGAUAUUCGGAGCUGAUGGCUAGUUUGGAAACGAUUGAAAAGCAGGCAGACGACCAGAAUCAUCUGGAAACGCCUGUGCUCGAUCAAGCUUGGGUAGAUCAGACCACCUUGAAAACCGCCAACCAAUUAGAUUUCUUGCUUUCCGAAUACAAGAAGCAAAAGGAUGAGGGAGUUAAGGAAUCCACACGACGCGCUAUGGAUGAGCUAUUCCAGUACUAUAUCUCAAUAGGUGACGUUACAGAAGCUCUCCAUCUUUACAGUCGUGGAAUGCGAGAGUACUGCAGUCAGUUUAAGCACAUAAUUCAGAUGUGGAUCAACUGGAUGGAAGCUUCCAUAUGGGUUGGUGAAUGGCAGCGCGUUGACACCAUUGCGGCACAGGCCGAGCGCAGUAUGAAAGAGGCGGAAGAAGCAGAGUCGCAAGCAGGAUCAAUGGCUGCUUCUCGUACUCGUCCUGUGAUCUUCGGAGUAUCCUCAUCCAACACAAACCGUGCUGCUGUCACCAAGUGUACGCGCUUGCUGAUCAGCGGUGGCAGGGCAAAACUAGAUGCAGCUUGUGGCUUGUCGAAAAUGCAGGCAGGUCGCUACAAGCAAGCAGCUGACAGAUUCCUCAAGGUCGACUUGGACUUUUUGGAUACUCCUUGGUUGUUUUCUGCUUCAGAUAUGGCAGUUUACUGUACCCUUUGUGCAAUUGCUAGUUAUGAUAGGUCAGAACUGAAGAAGAAAGUGAUCCAUGAUGGAAAUUGCAGGAAGUUCCUCGAGUCAGAACCGAGGCUCGUGGAAUUAUUGCAGUGCAUUGUGAAGAGUCAGUUUGGUCGCGCGCUAGACAUACUGAAAGAGAUGAAAGAUCGGUUCCUUCUCGAUCCUUAUUUGAGUCCUCAUGUUGAUCCAUUGUACGCCGUGAUUCGUGAACGUGCACUACUGCAAUACCUGGAACCGUUUGCAUCAGCUGAUUUGAAUGCUAUGGCGAAUGUGUUUAGAACUGAUUUGAAAAGUCUCGAAAAUGAACUUGUGGCUCUCUGUGAACAAGGUCAACUUGCUGCUCGAAUUGACGCAGUUGGAGCAACCAUUCGCAUGGUCCUGACCGAUGAGCGUGAAGAGAAUUACAAAAAGAUUAUUGAUGGCUGCGACGACAUGAUAGAGCGAUGCGAAGCAGCUAUUUUGCGUGCAGUCAUGCAGCAGGCUUGCAUCUGCAUCAAUCCGGAAGGCAGAGCAAAGCGAAAAACAGCAGCUCAUGCUGAUGAUUCAAGUGAUACAUCGAAUACACCCACCCGCCAGAAGGUGUCAGUCCAGAAUAUGAUGCGUGUUUUGCGGGGACGAGUUGUACCUCCGCUACCUCAAGGUGCUGCAGUCGCUCCAGAAGCAAAUGCGAAGACUGCUACCUCAGCUGCAAACGCCACAUCGGCUCCUCCUGUCCCAGCAUCUGCUAAUAAUCUCCCUUCUGUACCAGCAACGGAAAACCCUCCCAGCGGUUCCGCUGCACCUACGGCAGCCUCUCAACAGCUGCAGAUUCCAUCAGAGGCUGACAGCUCAGAAGGGAGUGAUGAUCCCAAAGAACCAGAUCUGAACUGAGUGCUUGGAUUAGAAUAAUAUUCUUCCUUGUACAGAGGAAGCGCUUAUUUGUUCAUUACACGUGACGAGUCAAAUUUUACCUGUGCUCCGCUUUGAUUGUUUCCGGACCCGAUGUCUCACCAAAUCUUCAUUUUCUAUGUUAUAAAGUAUUUUGCCUAU